AGUUUGCUCCUGGGAUUGGCUGGUGCGGUGGUUCCGCCGAGGUGUGGUAGGAAGUGGUAGCCGUCAAUCACGAGGGAGACUCCAAACAGUGAGCCUGGAGCUGUAGAACAGCGUUUACCGGCGGAGCGGCCGGUCUUAUGAAUGACACGAUGGCUACAGACUCUCCUAGGAGACCCAGUCGCUGCACUGGUGGAGUUGUGGUUCGCCCUCAGGCUGUCACGGAGCAGUCCUACAUGGAGAGUGUCGUGACUUUUCUGCAGGAUGUUGUCCCACAGGCUUACAGCGGGACGGCCCUAACCGAAGAGAAGGAGAAGAUAGUUUGGGUCAGAUUUGAGAACGCAGAUCUGAACGAUACAUCACGGAAUCUAGAAUUUCAUGAACUGCAUAGCACUGGAAAUGAGCCUCCUCUGCUGGUUAUGAUCGGCUACAGCGACGGAAUGCAAGUCUGGGGUGUCCCUAUCAGCGGGGAAGCCCAGGAGCUCUUCUCUGUUCGACAUGGCCCAGUCCGAGCAGCUAGAAUCUUGCCUGCUCCACAGUUGGGUGCUCAAAAGUGUGAUAACUUUGCUGAGAAAAGACCUCUUCUUGGUGUUUGUAAGAGCAUUGGAUCCUCAGGGACAACACCACCGUACUGCUGUGUGGAUCUGUAUUCACUGCGUACUGGGGAAAUGGUGAAGUCUAUUCAGUUUAAAACACCUAUUUAUGAUCUUCAUUGCAAUAAGCGGAUCCUCGUCGUAGUCUUGCAGGAGAAAAUCGCUGCCUUUGAUAGCUGUACUUUCACAAAAAAAUUUUUUGUCACAAGUUGUUACCCUUGUCCUGGGCCAAACAUGAAUCCCAUUGCUCUUGGGAGUCGCUGGCUUGCUUACGCAGAAAACAAGCUGAUUCGAUGUCAUCAGUCUCGUGGUGGAGCCUGUGGAGACAACAUUCAGUCAUACACGGCCACAGUCAUUAGUGCUGCUAAAACAUUGAAAAGUGGCCUGACGAUGGUUGGGAAGGUGGUGACUCAGCUGACAGGCACACUGCCCUCAGGGGUGACAGAAGAUGAUGUUGCCAUCCACAGCAACUCAAGACGGAGCCCCUUGGUGCCAGGCAUCAUCACAGUCAUAGACACUGAGACAGUUGGAGAGGGCCAGGUGCUUGUGAGUGAGGACUCAGACAGUGAUGGCAUUGUGGCCCACUUCCCUGCCCACGAGAAGCCAGUGUGCUGUAUGGCUUUUAAUACUAGUGGAAUGCUUUUAGUCACAACAGACACGCUUGGCCAUGACUUUCAUGUCUUCCAAAUUCUGACACACCCUUGGUCAUCCUCACAAAGUGCUGUCCAUCAUCUGUAUACUCUUCACAGGGGAGAAACCGAAGCCAAAGUCCAGGACAUCUGUUUCAGCCAUGACUGUCGCUGGGUGGUGGUCAGCACCCUCCGGGGCACUUCCCACGUUUUCCCCAUCAAUCCUUACGGUGGCCAGCCUUGUGUCCGCACACACAUGUCACCACGAGUGGUGAAUCGCAUGAGCCGUUUCCAGAAAAGUGCCGGGCUGGAAGAGAUUGAGCAAGAGCUGACAUCUAAGCAAGGCGGCCGCUGUAGUCCUGUCCCGGGCUUAUCCAGCAGCCCCUCCGGCUCCCCUCUGCAUGGGAAGCUGAACAGCCAAGACUCUUACAAUAACUUCACCAACAACAACCCUGGCAAUCCCCGACUCUCCCCUCUUCCCAGCCUGAUGGUAGUGACGCCUCUUGCACAAAUCAAACAGCCAAUGACCUUGGGGACCAUCACCAAACGAACAGGGCCUUAUCUCUUUGGAGCGGGGUGUUUUUCCAUAAAAGCUCCAUGCAAAGUUAAACCACCUCCACAAAUUUCACCGAGCAAAUCGAUGGGUGGCGAGUUUUGUGUUGCUGCAGUGUUUGGGACCUCCAGGUCGUGGUUUGCAAACAGCGCAGGUCUGAAACGUGAAAAAGAUCAGUCCAAACAAGUUGUAGUUGAAUCUCUUUACAUCAUCAGUUGCUACGGGACCUUAGUGGAGCACAUGAUUGAGCCCCGACCGCUCAGUACUGCUCCCAAGAUCAGUGAUGACACACCACUGGAGAUGAUGACGUCACCCCGUGCCAGCUGGACACUCGUUAGGACGCCUCAGUGGAACGAACUGCAGCCACCAUUUAAUGCGAAUCACCCUCUGCUCCUGGCGGCAGAAGCGGUGCACUAUUACCAGCUCCUGCUCGCCGGCUCUCUUCCCCCUGGAAGUCCUGGCCCCAUUACUCGACAUGGGUCCUAUGACAGUUUAGCCUCUGACCAUAGUGGACAGGAAGAUGAAGAAUGGCUUUCCCAGGUUGAAAUUGUGACACACACUGGACCCCACAGGCGCCUGUGGAUGGGUCCCCAGUUCCAGUUUAAAACCAUCCACCCCUCAGGCCAGACUACAGUCAUAUCAUCUAGUUCAUCUGUAUUGCAAUCUCACGGACCUAGCGACACGCCACAACCACUCUUGGAUUUUGAUACAGAUGAUCUAGAUCUCAACAGUCUCAGGAUCCAGCCGGUCCGCUCUGACCCAGUCAGCAUGCCAGGGUCAUCUCGUCCAGUCUCUGAUCGAAGGGGAGUUUCCACAGUGAUCGAUGCUGCCUCAGGUACCUUUGACCGGAGCGUGACCCUGCUGGAAGUGUGUGGGAGCUGGCCUGAGGGCUUCGGGCUGCGGCACAUGUCGUCCGUGGAGCACACAGAGGAAGGCCUCCGGGAACGGCUCGCAGAUGCCAUGGCCGAGUCACCAAGCCGAGAUGUCGUAGGAUCUGGAACAGACACAGCCCUUGACGUAGCAGUCAAAAACAGCACCCCCGAGAGACACAUGGCUGUGAAGUGUUUGGGUCCAAGGGGGUCCUUCUGGAUCCUGGAGACGUGGGCUCCCCACAAUGCCGCACCAGCCAGGAGCCCUCUGAAGGCUCGGACUUCAGGUAGUCGGACCUGAAGGAUGCCCAGCUCAAGACAGAAUUCAUGUUUGGCCUUCUGCUGGAGCCCCCUCCCACUAAGGCUGCCACAGCUCACUAAGGCCUGGUGUCCUCAGUGUCUCCCCCUCCCCAGAGAAUGGGGAGCCAGACAUCGUGAUGCAUUAGCUAAUGCAUGAAAAGUCAUGCCGUCCCCCAACACCCCUUCACUCAUCCACUCCCACCCAGAACCAUAGCACAGCAACUCAGGCUUGGCCAAGGGGCCCUACCCACUGUGUAGGAUGAACAACAGGGGCAGCUGUGCCUGUCUUCUCACAGAGACUGAGUAUGGCCCCUCUAUGUGUGUACCUCUGCAGAUGCUCCCAGGUGACUGGGAUCCUUCUGAGAGGCUAGCCACACUUCUCUUUGCCCUGUGAGUUGGACAGACGCCAUGUGGAAUUGGGGGGUGGGGGGAUAACAUGCAGACAAGGCCUCCUCCUCUUUAGGCUUAUUUAUUUUGUGAGAGCAGAGGCCUCCCCCUUCUCACUGCUGCCCCUGCUGUCCCCUCCUGUCCCCUGGAGCCUGCCCAUCCCAGCCUGUGCCAUCAGGGAUUAGCUAGAGUAACAAGCCUAUUUUCUAGCAAGACCAGUCGGGAGCCGGGGACACAGGCAGCUGUGGGCAUUGGAGUCUGGCAUCCUGUGGCCCGUCCCAGUGCCAGGUCUCUCUCUAGGGUGAACCCAGGGCUCGUGGCUUCCUCUUUGUCUUUGGUGUUGCUGUAUGCAAGACAGAGUUAUCAUUCCUACUUUCCAGGGUCACCUGGAGAAUAUGAGGGCACAGUCUGAGCCCAAGCAGUUGCUCAAGGCUCCUCCUCAUGUCCUGCCCUGCUGGGGGGCUGGGGGGGGCAGGAGAACAAGCUUUUUAUAGCCAACUGCCCUGUGGGCCAGACUCCAUGCUGCCAGGGGAACCUCUCUAGUUGCCUGGCCCUGGCCGGCUUCUGCUAGGCUUCAUCAGGAGUCUACUCAUACUGCUGAGAGCUGGGGAGGUUGGGAUGGGAGUGGGGGUUGAGGCAAGGCCAGGCCACUAAGUCACAAUGUCCAGGGAUCCCCCCGAAAACUCUCCAGCCUGCCGCCUUCCUCUUCCUCUCCCAGCACCCCGCCUGCAUGGGGCCCCAUCUGGCACUGCAUGGGUCGUAGGACCCCGUAUGUUAUGCUCACUGCGCGAUUCCUCUUCCCCCAUCCCAUACUGAAAGAUUCACAACACCUCCACCUCUGGGCCCACCACCCCAAGACUGGUCCGUCUCCCGCCGCCUCACGUGCA